GCCGCCGGUUCCCAAGGCAACGGCAGCAGCUCCCCGCGGGGCGGCCGGGACGCGGAGCCGGAGGGGGCGCCGGGGGCUCCGGCAUGUGCGCGGCGGAGGUGGACCGACACGUAGCCCAGAGAUACCUGCUCAAGCGGCGGCUCGGCAAGGGGGCCUACGGCAUCGUGUGGAAGGCGGUGGAUCGCAGGACUGGCGAGGUCGUGGCCAUCAAGAAAAUCUUUGAUGCCUUCAGGGAUAAGACGGAUGCCCAGAGAACAUUCCGGGAGAUCACGCUGCUCCAGGAGUUUGGGGACCACCCCAACAUCAUCCGUCUUCUGGAUGUGCUCCGGGCGGCAAACGACAAGGACAUUUACCUGGUGUUCGAGUCCAUGGACACUGACCUGAACGCCGUCAUCCACAAGGGCGGGCUGCUGAAGGACAUCCACAAGCGCUACAUCUUCUACCAGCUCCUGCAGGCCACCAGGUUCAUCCACUCAGGGAACGUCGUCCACCGUGACCAGAAGCCAUCCAACGUGCUCCUGGAUGCCAACUGCUUGGUGAAGCUGUGUGACUUCGGCCUGGCCCGGUCCCUGAGUCUCCUGCCCACAGGGCCCGAGGGCCAGGCCCUGACGGAGUAUGUGGCCACGCGCUGGUACCGAGCUCCGGAGGUGCUGCUGUCCUCACGCCGGUACACCCAGGGGGUAGACAUGUGGAGUCUGGGAUGCAUCCUGGGGGAGAUGCUAAGGGGGAGCCCCCUGUUCCCGGGGACGUCCACAUUCCACCAGCUGGAGCUGAUCCUGGAUACCAUCCCACCACCAUCAGAGGAAGACCUCCAGGCUCUCCACUCGGACUACAGCGCCUCCGUCCUGCACCGCCUGGGGUCCCGGCCACGGCAGACGCUGGACGCCCUCCUGCCGCCAGACACCCCCCCGGAGGCCCUGGACCUCCUCGAGCGGCUCCUGGUGUUUGCCCCGGACAAGCGGCUCAGCGCGGCCCAGGCUCUGCAGCACCCCUACGUGCAGAGCAGAUUCCACUGCCCGGCCCGCGAGCGGACCCUGGAGGCGGACGUGCGGCUCCCGGUGCACGAAGGAGCCCAGCUCUCGGCGGCUGAGUAUCGCAGCCGCCUCUACCAGAUGAUCCGGGAGCGGAGAGGGAACAGCCGCGUCCGCAGAGAGGAGGGCCUGAGGGGUGCGCCCCCGGGGGAUGAGCCCAGGAACGCCAGGCCCCAGGCACACCUAUCCAAACCCAGAGCCCUCCCCCAGCUCCCCGCGGGGUCACCCGUGCAGAGCCCCGGACCCGGGCCGCAGAGCAGCCACGGUCAGCACCCCGCACCCGAAGCCCCCUUCGGAGCCAAGAACAUUCCCAGGCAGAAGUCAGCCCCCCCGCCCCAGCCUCCGCCUGCAGGAUGCCUCUGGAGGGAGGGAAGGUCCCCCGGGGCGACUGCGGAGGCACCCCCCUGGGUGAAGCCAAGCAUCAGGGAGGUAGUGCCCUCCCUGGUCUCGCAGGCUGCGGCUGAGGUGGUCAACCAGGCCCUGAUCCGGAGGGACCGGAAUGGGACUCGUGGUGCCAGGGCACCCAGCACCUGGAAGUUCCCUCAUCUGCUUCCCCAGGGGCUCCGGCCCGAGCCCCGGCCUGCUCGGAGGAUGUUCACCGCCUCGGCAGCGCAGGGGGUCCAGGGGGCUGCAAGGGCCUCACUGGGGGGCUACUCCCAAGCCUAUGGCACCGUCUGCCACUCGGCACUGGGCCACCUGCCCCUGCACCCAGGAGCCCGCACCUGAGCCACCCUUCCCUCCCUCCAGCCCAGCUCCGCCUCAGGCCAGCCCCAGCCCUUCAGCCAAGCCCCUUGCCCGCCCCUAGUUCUCUCCACCCAACCUUUCUCAUCAGCUCCCCCCCUGCCUGGCCACAUUCAAGUUCUGGGGAGCUUGUCUGGGCCUUCACGGUGGGGAGGAAGGGGGGCUAGAUGAAGUCCCCACCCCUAGCCUUCCUCCAAUAAAAUCUGGUUGCCCCCA